UCCGAUGAUGAGCCUCACUGCUGUUCACAUCCCGACACGCCGUGACGACCGCUGUCGAGCUGAGGACGGCGGCUCCCCUCACCCCGUGCCCCCCCCCCCCCCCCCCUUCCGCGCCCCUCGCUGACGCCCCCUUGUCCCUUGUCGCCAGGCCCCGGCUGAAGGAGGAGCCCGGUCCCCGCGGGAGCAGAGGCGGAGCCCCCCCGGUCGCCGCCCGGAAGGCGCCGGCAGCGCCCGGAAACGGGAGGCGGUGCCGGGGCUGCCACGUUGGAGCGGGCCCGGGACGGCAAAAUGAAGCUGAAGGAGGUUGACCGCACUGCCAUGCAGGCAUGGAGCCCUGCCGAGCAGCACCCCAUUUAUCUGGCCACGGGUACAUCGGCCCAGCAGCUGGAUGCAACCUUCAGUACGAGUGCUUCCCUGGAAAUAUUCGAGCUGGACUUAGCAGACCCUUCGCUGGAUAUGAAGUCCUGUGCCACCUUCUCCUCCUCUCACAGGUACCACAAGCUGAUCUGGGGGCCGCACAGCAUGACCGCAGGCGAGCGAGUCUCCGGAGUCCUGAUCGCUGGGGGCGAGAACGGGAAUGUCAUUCUCUAUGACCCAGCCAAAAUCAUAGCUGGAGACACCGAAGUCAUCGUUGCCCAGAAAGACAAGCACACGGGACCCGUGAGAGCACUUGAUGUCAACAUGUUCCAGACUAAUCUGGUGGCCUCUGGUGCUAAUGAGUCUGAAAUCUAUAUCUGGGACUUGAAUAAUUUUGCCACGCCGAUGACUCCAGGAGUGAAGACGCAGCCUCUCGAGGACAUCAGCUGCAUCGCCUGGAACAGGCAAGUCCAGCACAUCCUGGCAUCUGCCAGCCCCAGUGGCCGAGCCACCGUGUGGGAUCUCAGGAAGAACGAACCCAUCAUCAAAGUCAGUGACCACAACAACCGGAUGCACUGCUCAGGCCUGGCAUGGCACCCCGAUGUUGCUACCCAGAUGGUCCUGGCCUCGGAGGACGACAGAUUGCCUGUGAUUCAGAUGUGGGACCUUAGAUUUGCCUCCUCGCCGCUGCGUGUUUUGGAAAGCCACACAAGGGGUAUCUUGGCCGUUGCUUGGAGUAUGGCAGAUUCAGAGCUGCUGCUUAGCUGUGGGAAGGAUGCUAAAAUUCUGUGCUCCAACCCUAACACGGGCGAGGUGCUGUAUGAGUUGCCAACCAACACGCAGUGGUGCUUUGACAUCCAGUGGUGUCCCAGAAACCCUGCCGUCCUGUCUGCCGCUUCGUUCGACGGGCGGAUCAGCGUUUACUCCAUUAUGGGAGGCAGCACGGACGGGUUGAGGCAGAAGCAAGUGGACCAGCUUUCGUCCUCGUUUGGGAACCUGGAUCCAUUUGGUACAGGACAGCCCCUCCCGCCCCUGCAGCUUCCCCAGCAGACUGCCCCACAGAGCGUCGUUCUGCCCCUAAAGAAACCACCCAAAUGGAUCCGGCGACCUGUGGGAGCAUCGUUCUCGUUUGGAGGCAAGCUGGUUACAUUUGAGAACGCCAAGCCUCAGCAGCAGCCAGGCAUCGAUCAGCAGCAGCAGCGUCACCACGUCUACGUGAGCCAGGUUGUUACAGAGAAGGAGUUCCUGGUGCGCUCCAACCAGCUGCAGGAGGCUGUGCAGUCCGAAGGCUUCAUCAGCUACUGCCAGAAGAAAAUUGACAUGGCCCAGGCUGACUUUGAGAAGAAUGUGUGGGCUUUCUUAAAGGUGAAUUUUGAAGAAGAUUCACGUGCUAAAUAUCUUGAGCUGUUGGGAUACAGGAAGGAUGAUCUGAGGAAUAAGAUUACGUCAGCUCUGAAUAAAGAGGGUCAUGCAGAAGGUGAAUUGGGAGAGGCUCCCGCAGAAUCUGAUGCAUCUGUACCGAACGAGAGGGACGAAGGCCAGGCUGCAGAGGAGGUGUUCUUGGGAGAGAGGGUGAAAGACAAUAAGCAAGAAACUGAAGAUUUGGGAUCUGCAAAGAAGACAUUUAACAUCUCUGUCAGUGGAGAUGUGGAUGGCUUGAUUACCCAAGCUUUGCUGACUGGUAACUUUGAGAGCGCAGUAGAUCUCUGCUUGCACGAUAACCGCAUGGCUGAUGCCAUUAUCUUGGCCAUCGCAGGCGGACAAGAGCUGCUUUCUAGGACACAGGAAAAGUACUUUGUGAAGAUGCAGAGCAAAAUCACCAGGCUCAUCACUGCAGUCGUAACAAAGAACUGGAAGGAGAUCGUGCAGUCUUGUGAUCUGCAGAAUUGGAGAGAGGCUUUGGCUGCUGUGCUCACUUAUGCCAGGCCGGAUGAGUUUGCAGCCCUUUGUGAUCUCCUGGGUAACAGGCUGGAGAGCGAGGGGGACAGCCUUCUGCAGACGCAGGCCUGUCUCUGUUAUAUCUGUGCCGGCAAUGUGGAAAAGCUUGUUGCCUGCUGGACCAAAGCUCAGGAUGGAAACAGCCCCUUGUCUCUUCAGGAUUUAAUAGAGAAAGUCGUGAUCCUGCGCAAGGCUGUGCAGCUCACCCAGGCUGUGGACCCGAAUGCUGUGGGGGCCCUUCUGGCUGAGAAGAUGAGCCAGUACGCCAACCUACUGGCUGCCCAGGGCAGCAUUGCUGCAGCUCUGACCUUCCUGCCCGCCAGCACCAACCAGCCAAACAUCGUGCUGUUACGGGACAGGCUUUGCAGAGCCCAAGGGGAGCUGCCGGUGAGACAGGAGGCCGUCAAGGCACCGUACGACAGACAGCCCAUGCCCAAAGGACGAGCUGGCCCUGUGGCAGGGCAGAUGCAAGGGCCUCAGGCCGCAGCACAGCAGUAUUACCAACAGGGAGACAACCCACCUCCUCCAGGAUUCAUCAUGCCGGGAGCCGUUAACCCCAGCGCGCCGCAGCCAGCCGCGUCCUCAGCGUACAGCAUGUACUCGCAAGCAGGGGCCCGGCCUGCGUACCCGCAGACAUAUCAGGCCACACAGCAGUACUCUUUCGGAACGGGGGGACCAGCUCUCUAUCAGCCUCAGCAGCCUCUCUCUGCCCCUGCUUCAGCCUCUUACCCGAACCCUGCCACUAACACCACCCCUCCCUACCUGCCCUCUGCCCCUGCCCACCCUGCGACCGCCCCGCUGUACCCGGGGCAGCCUCAGCCCUCCCCCACCGGCCCCAACCCUGCCUCUUCCUUCCCCCUCCCUCCUUCUGGUGCAUCCUUUCAGCAUGGCAGGCCAGGACUUCCAGCAACUUCUGUGGCUUAUGCAUUGCCUACUGGACCAACAGGUACUCUGCCUGCAGCCAGUGACCUUCCUGCAUCCCAGAGAACAGGGCCUCAGAACGGCUGGAAUGACCCUCCUGCCCUGAACAGGGCUGCGAAGAAGAAAAAGGUCCCCGAUAACUUCAUGCCCCCGGUCCCCAUCACGUCCCCCAUCAUGACCCCGCUGGCAGACCCGCAGUCUCAGAUGCAGCAGGCUCCGGCACCGCCCGCGGGCGCUCCCAGCUUCCAGGCUCCGCAGCUCCCCGCGGGGCAGCCGGCACUGCAGGGCCCCUACCCGCCUGCCCCCCAGCCCCUGGGGCCGUGCAUCGUUCCUCCCGCUGUCUCCAAACCCAGCACCGAGGGGGCUCCGGGGGCCCCAAUUGGCAACGCCAUCCAGCACGUGCAGGCACUGCCAACAGAGAAGAUAACCAAGAAGCCCAUCCCUGAGGAGCACCUUAUUCUGAAGACCACAUUUGAAGCUCUUAUCCAGCGGUGCCUGCUGUCUGCCUCCGAUCCACAAACCAAAAGAAAACUAGAUGAUGCGAAUAAACGCCUUGAAUGUCUAUACGAUAAACUUAGGGAACAAACACUCUCUCCAACCAUCGUCAGCGGCUUGCACAACAUUGUGAAGAGCAUCGAAACCCGCAACUACAUGGAAGGACUGAACAUCCACACGCACAUAGUCAGCACCAGCAACUUCAGUGAGACCUCGGCUUUCAUGCCCGUUCUGAAAGUUGUCCUCACCCAGGCCAAUAAGUUGGGUGUCUGAAGAAACCCUGCACUUGCAAAGCCCGCAAUGGAGGCUUAUCCAAAGAAGUGCAUUUCUACAGCAAACAUGCAAGAAAUGGACCAAAUGCUAGUCCUCAUGGCAUGUUGCAGUAGAGCGCUGACAAAUGGCAUUACACUCUCCCUGCAGAAUAUUUUAGGCAGGCCUUGGAGCCCUGGUGCUUUUCUUUUUAUUUUAAUCGUUUCCUCAUCCCUAAUGAUUGGUCUACAAAUAGUGUAUUUAAUGGAUGAUACCCUGUAUUGUCAGUUUUUAGAUGCAUGUUAUACUGCUAAACGGCGGCUUUUAAUAACAGAUGUAUGUGUGAAAACAAAAAGAUAGGUUGUGUAUCAGACCCUAAAACAGAUUCUUCCCCUGCACCCCACUGUUCCUUAUCCACCGGAUUAAAGAGUCUGAUCCUAUUAUAAGUGUAUUUGGUCUUUCAUUUUAUGAAGCUGCUUGCAAAUCUGUUAUAACAAUUUACAUGUUAAAUAGCUUAAUUUUGCACAGGGGAAACUGAGCAAAAUAGAGGCUACUGUGAUAUUUUCAAUAAACGUUAAUUUAUUAAAA